CCCUGCGGCCCAGCGUCUAUAAGAAGAGCACAAGAAUCUCCUUGUUGAUCAUUCCUCUCCUCCCCAGGCUCUCACGCUCAAGAGCUCGCUACUCAGAGACUCCUUUCUCUGUCAGUCCUCAGACCCCGCACGUCGCUUGCUUCAUCAUCAUGAAGAACGCGAUCCUCAUCGCCGCCGCUGUCGGCCUCGCCGCUGCCCUCCCGCAGCCCGGUGCGCCCCUGACCCGCCGCGGCGGGACUCGGCCUCCCCACCACUCGGCCCCCCGGAGGAACACGACGUAUCCGGAGUAUUCGUCCAACUGGGCGGGCGCGGUGCAGAUCGGCACCGGCUUCACCUUCGUCACGGGCACCAUCACGGUGCCGUCGGUGUACAAUGGCAACCCGUACUCGGCGGCAUCCGCCUGGGUCGGCAUCGACGGCGACACGUGCCAGACGGCGAUCCUGCAGACGGGCGUGUCCUUCUACGGCGACGGCUCGUACGACGCCUGGUACGAGUGGAUCCCGGACUACUCGUACUCCUUCUCCGGCUUCGGCCUCCGCGCCGGCGACGAGAUCCGCAUGACGGUCGACGCCACCUCCAAGACGACCGGCGUCGCCACGCUCGAGAACCUCUCGACCGGCGCCAAGGUCUCGCACACCUUCCGCAACACGCCCUCCACCCUGUGCGAGACCAACGCCGAGUGGAUCGUCGAGGACUUCGAGAGCGGCGGCAGCCUCGUGCCCUUCGCCGACUUCGGCACCGUCACCUUCACCGACGCCUACGCCACCGGCUCCGGCGGCCAGGUCACGCCCCAGGGCGCCACCAUCAUCGACAUCCGCCAGAGCGGCAGGGUCCUGACCAACUGUGGCACCAGCGGCGCCGACCUCACCUGCACCUACACCGGUUAAGAUGUCCCGUGGGCUCAUAGCUGGACGGACGACGGGAGGUGGUUGGGUGGGUUUGGGGUUUGACGGGCGGCAGUUCCUAAAUGGUCAACCUAGACUGUUCAUAGCUUCAUGAAUAGUGUACAUACUGUGCUCCCGGGGUUGCCAGAGAGAUCGUGGAUGAAGCGGACACUCUGUCGCUAGCUUAUCAGCCAAGCAAUGAAAAGCAUGACUGGGUUUCCUGUCACUUCUUGC